CGCCUUACUUACCUGCUGGGAUGUAUAAAUAGAAUGCAGUUGGCCUCUACUUCAUCAGUCGAGUAUCGAACUUUGUACGAGAUGGACAAGUUAUUCAACCAGUUGAGAAUCUGCACGGAGCUAAUUGAAGAAGGAAGCAGGGGAAAUAUUUCCUGGCUAAACGAAUUUUGUGCUGCGUUCCAUACUUUUGCCAGCAAAUUUAAAUUGUAUUUGCCAGAGUUGGCACCGCGUUACGAAAUCGAUGGCAAUGUAAAGAUCCAUGUGGAGACGAUUUUCCUGUGCUUUACCCAAGUGCUCACAUGCAUCACCCAGCUGGAACGUAUCAUCAACAUUGAGGAAAACAUUGGCGAAGACACACGACUUUUCACCACUCGAUCGCACUUUCUAAAUCGCAUUGAUUGGUGUGUAAAACGUUUGAAUGCUUCGCUCUAUCAGAUAUCUGAGGAGGUGGCUACUAGCAGUCAGGUGAAGCUGGAGGAUUUGUCUUUUGUGGAGCUGCUUGAUAUGUCGCUCGAUAAACUGGAGACAUACAAUGAAAUUGUGGGUGAAAAUAAAGAUGGUGAUAAUGAAGAUGCAACUCCAGUCCAGGCACAUGAUCAGCUUUAUAGUGAAGUCAAUCAGAUUGUGAAACAUGCCUUGGCAUUUGCCAAUGUAGCACUUGCAGCUGAUGAGAAGGCAUUACGGGCAAUCUGUGAGACAGUCUUGGAGGACUGCUCCGUCUUUCAGAAAAACUUUGAUGCAUCAAAUGCUGGUGAUCGCAAGUUGGAGGCUUUGACGUUGCAGCGUGCAUUAUAUUCCCUGGAAACGUAUCUUAAUGAGGCACUGCUGCGUUUGAUUCUUACGAGUCUGCUGGAUGUGGAGGAAAUCUCUAUAACCCGGUUGAAAAACGUGCUGCACCACGGUGAAGCUCCCGAGGUGAUGAUCAAUAAACUCAUCUCGGACUUUGAUAUGAAUAUGGAUCGUAUACAGCAAAUUGGAGUCAUUGCCAUUGCUUUCACGGAAGAUGUCAAGACCAAGACUAUUGUACGCAGUUGCUUGGCGUCCAUGGAAUCGCUAGAUUCCUGCAUAGUUCCAGCUUUUCAGCUCCAGACCUCGAGCAAUGGAAUCCAACAUGCGGAUGUAUUGGAGCAUCAUUUUAUCGAGGAGAUUGUGAUAUUCCGCAAUGUCAUCCAUGAGAUCAUUGACAGUAGAGCCCUGAUAAGCAGUUAUUUGGAUAUGCUAGCCGAUAGCAUUCGUAUUGCCGAUAAAAAUUGCCCAAAGGAUCAGUUGCUAAAGAUCGCCCAAAUGGGAGAUAUUUUGUACCAACAUUUUCAAUUGAAGCUGAAUUAUCAAGAACUUGGCGAAGAUGGUCAGCGUUUGCAUCAGGAUUUUGUUGCAAUAUUGCGAGAAUGUCAAGCAGUUCUAGAACUAUCUACUCAAAUUGACCCGAAACGUAUUAUAAAGCGUUUAAAAAUUCUGCACUCUGUGUUGACAAAAUUACGAGACGGUUUUGGUAGACAUGAGGUUCUGGGUUCUUCCUGUCCUAAUGGCAACUUCUCAACAGUAUUGAACAAGACACUGAGUUAUUCUUCGCGUCAGAAGAGCUCUUUUUCGAAAACCCGUAAUAUAAUUCCUUCGGACACAUUGGAUAAUGAAAGUGAUCUAAUAAGUUUUGAACUGACAGAGGUUCUCAAAAUUAAUUAAUUAGUCAUAAGCAAUGUAAUAUGUGAUAAAUAAAA